AUGGGUGAGGAAAGCAAAGUAGUUUUACACGGAAUGUGGUCAAGCGCUUAUGUGAAAAGAGUAGAAUUGGCUUUGAAAAUCAAAGGCAUACCCUUUGACUAUGUUGAAGAAGAUUUGAGGAACAAGAGCCCUUUGCUACUGAAAUACAAUCCAGUUCACAAGAAGGUCCCUAUCCUUGUCCAUAAUGGAAAGCCAGUGUGUGAAUCACUAGUUAUUCUUGAAUACAUUGAUGAAACCUGGCCAAAUGAACCUCAAUUCCUGCCUAAGGAGUCAUAUCUAAGAGCCAAAGUUCGUUUUUGGGCUGCUUACAUCCAACAGGUGCAAGACAGCAUAGCCCAACUUUUCAAUGCUAACAAGGAAGAAGUGGGGAAAGCCCUUGCAGAAGUGCACGAGAAACUCAGAACUUUGGAAGAUGGUGUGAAGGAUCUCUACUUUCCAGAGGGAAUUCCAGAUCAUAUCCAAUCUGAAAAGUUGGGGAUGCUAGAUGCUAUGAUGGUUGCACUCCUUGGUGCCUUCAAGGCACAAGAUGAUAUUUCUGGUGUGAAGAUUAUAGAUCCUGCGAAGAAUCCACCCGUAUUCUCAUGGGUGCAAGCUCUAUAUCGACUCCCUGUGGUGAAGGAAACAAUUCCUCCUCAUGACAAGUUGGUUGGUUUUCUUCAGUAUUUAAAACAAAUUGGCUUCAAAGUUCCAACUUCUAAUCCAGUUCAUAGUUUGAAUUAA